AUGUUCAAAUCAACCCAAGCACUAUUUGGCGGUCUUCUCUGGAAGACCCCGUGGCGUCUCUCCUCCCCUCAGAAGGCGCGACAGCGCAAGCGCCUGCGCUCCGUGGACCGGGUCGUCGACACCGUCAGCGCCGCACUCGAGCGCAAUGGUCAGACCUCCAAGGCUGUGACUCGGUGGUUCGCAGAGAUGCCGCGCGAGGAGGAAAUGCUGCCCAAGGACAAGUACACUCUCUUCGAUAAGAAAGAGAAGAGCUACCGGAAGAGCAUCCACAAGCUGCCCAAGUGGACUCGUGUCAGCCAACGUGUCAACCCUCCCGGUUUCUAAACGGAUUUUUCUCCCCCGCACAUGUACUAUACAUCCGAAACUCGACUCUGGCGGGGGACUUGUCAGAGCGAAAAACAACAUAUGGACAACCGGAGUUUUGGCUUUUUGGAAUUUGCAGCGCGGCCACUCUGAAGAGGAUGGUGGCUUACAAUGUUCCAUGAUUACCCCAGCGCUUAGAUCAGGCUUUCAAUUCAAAUGCAUUUUGGCAAGGAUAUCUCUAUUUG